AUGGCGAGCAGCAGUAACGCAGACAUUGGGUGCCCCCCUCCAUACAACGAGGUGGUGGCCUCUGGAGACGUCGUACUCGACAGCACCAACGUAGCAGACGAUGGACGCGUUACUGUCGAUGUGGAUUCAAAGCUCGGCCGAACGCUGGCGAGGCUCAUGCCCAGCGAUCCUGACGAUGACAGCUCCGAGCCAGCGCUCCCACUGCCUCCCCGUCCAUGCGCCGUCAAGCUCAACAUAGUCAUACAGGUUGUUGGGAGCAGGGGAGACGUACAACCAUUCGUUGCGCUGGGAACGGAGCUACAGAAGUACCACGGUCAUCGCGUGCGGCUGGCGACGCACGACGUGUUUGAGGACUUUGUACGCUCUUCGGGCUUGGAAUUCUACCCCAUCGGCGGUGACCCCGCUGAGCUUAUGGCGUUCAUCGUCAAGAACCCAGGCUUGAUUCCGAAUCUGAAAAGCCUGCGUGCUGGCGAGGUGCAGCGCAAACGUGCUAUCAUUGCCGAAAUGUUGGAAGGAUGUUGGAAGUCGUGCAUCGAGCCAGACACUCGUUCGAAUGCCCCCUUUGUCGCCGAUGCUAUCAUUGCAAAUCCCCCAAGCUUUGCUCACAUCCACUGUGCGCAGGCAUUGGGUGUGCCGCUUCAUCUGAUGUUCACCAUGCCGUGGAGCAGCACCAGAGCCUUUCCCCACCCGCUUGCAAACCUCAAGUUCUCCGCCGGCACAGACAUGAAGAUUGCCAACUAUGUGUCUUAUGGGAUUGUGGAAUUUCUGACGUGGCAAGGCUUGGGCGACAUCAUCAACCAUUGGAGAAGGCAUACUUUGCAGCUAGAAGCCGUACCGGCAACAGAAGGCCCACGCCUAGCCGAAACGUCCAAUAUACCUUUCACAUACUGUUGGUCUCCCGCAUUGGUUGCCAAACCCUCGGAUUGGCCAGCACACAUCGACGUGUGCGGCUUCUUCUUCCGUGAUCCGCCGGACUAUUCACCUCCACCUAAGCUUGACAAAUUCCUCCAAGCGGGACCUCCGCCUGUCUACAUUGGAUUUGGUAGCAUCGUCAUCGAAGACCCCGCGCAAACCACGGCAACCAUCCUACAGGCUGUGCGAGCAACUGGAGUUCGAGCUAUAAUAUCACGAGGAUGGAGCAAACUCGGCGAAGAGACUUCUUCAGAUCCGAACAUAUUCUAUCUUGGAGAUUGCCCGCACGAAUGGCUCUUUCAGCACGUUGCUGCAGUUGUUCACCACGGAGGGGCUGGAACAACAGCUUGCGGACUGUUGAACGGAAAGCCCACGACCAUUGUACCAUUCUUCGGAGAUCAACCAUUCUGGGGGCACAUGGUUGCUGUAAACGGUGCCGGACCGGAGCCUAUCCCAUACCGACACCUGAAUCCCGAGAAUCUUGCGGACGCUAUAUCAUUCUGUCUGACGGAGCAGGCGCUUGUUAACGCUCAACAGAUUGCGGACCAGAUGAGGCAAGAGUCAGGAGUGAAAGCUGCUGUGCAAUCUUUCCAUACGCAUCUACCCAAGGAUUUGGGCUGCGAUGUGUUGCCAGAUCGACCUGCCGUGUGGAAAUACAAAGAAGGCAAAAGAUCAAUAAAGCUCUCGAAAGAAGCUGCGGUAAGAUUGUCAGAAAAGGGAAAAGUGUCCCGUAAGAGCCUCAAACUACUUCAAACAAAACCCAUUUAUAUCGACAACCGCCGAUGGGAUCCACUUACUGCGGUCGGGUCUGCGUCUGUAUCUACCGCAGCCGGCAUGGCCGACGCAGCGGGUGGUGUCUUCUUAAAGCCAAUCAAGGAGUACAAGCGCGCGCGCUCGCGUUCUUCCAGCGCUCAGCCUCCCUCCAUAUCUUCAGCAUCAUCAAACCACGAUACCCCGGAAUCUUCCACAGCGAGUCUUGAUACCCUUCGUCCAUCCACGCUCUCUGGAAGAACUCUCUCCAGCACCUCGGCCGACCUGCGUCCCACAACCGCCCCUACCUCGCCUACCACGACGCCGCCAUCCGAAAAACAAGACAUCACAUCCUCAAACUCAUUACCUUUACCAUCAUCACGCCGCAACUCCACUUCCACGCAGAAAUCAGCACCACCGCCCACCAGCAGCAGCAGCAGCAGCGCACCAACCGACCAGCUCACCAGAACCAACAAUAACAACAACAACACCGCCGCCGCCAUGGCCUCGGCCUCCGCCCUCUCCCUCGGCAAAUUCUUCCUCACCGGCGCGCGGGGCGUCCUCGUCGACAUCCCCCUCGCCGCCGCCGAAGGCAUGCGCGCCGUGCCACGCUUAUACACCUCCACACCGACGUCCUCCGCCCGCGACGCCUACGGCCACGUCACGGACGUGCGGUCGGGCUUCGCCGUCGCGGGGCGCACCUUCGCGCACGGCGUGGCCGAGGGCUUCGGCGACAUCUUCGUCGAGACGUGGCGCGGCAAGCGCGAGGAAGGGGCUAAAGGCGUCGCGAAGGGGUUGGGCAAGGGCGUCGUGAGUUUGGGCAUGAAGACGGGGGCGGGUGUCGUGGGGGUGUUGGCGUAUCCGGGGUUGGGGGUGUGUAGGAGUGUGAGGAGUAUGGUGAAGAGUGAGGUGAGGAGGGGGGUUGAGAGUGCGAGGUGGGUGGAGGGGGAGUGGUUGGUUGCGGAGAGAGCGGCGGGGGAGGAGGGGAGAGGAGUGGUGGGUGGUGUGGAUGAGGUGGCGAGGGCGUGGGAGAGGGCGGUGAGGGGGAAGGGGAGGGAGGGCAGCUGA